AUGGUUCUUUUAUUUCAACAAAACUUUCAAGAACACAAGUUGGUUCGGCAAGAACUUACUAAAGUUUAUGGAAUCAACAAGUUUUUAGCGCAUCAAAUUUGUGAUUCUCUUGGUUUUGCACUCACUUUAAAAGUUCAAGAUUUAACAGCUUCGCAAAAAGAAAAACUUGUGCGUUUGGUUCAACGAUAUUAUGUCACGGGAUCUGAUUUAAAACGUAUUGUCGACCAAGAUAUUCAAAGGUGUGUUACAGUUGGUUCUUUUAAAGGUUUUCGUUUCAUUCAAGGGCUUCCAGUUCGCGGUCAACGCUCGCAUACGAACGCUCGGUCGUGCCGGAAGAAAAAAAUUGUUUAA